UUUCCGAGGCUCGGGUUAUUAUCAUCUGUGGAUUCACGGACAACUCUCGUGCCAUUUCCCGCUCUUUCUUUCAACCCCCUUCUGCCAGAGCUAGCGUCGUCUGCUACCGGAGCUGUUAGUCGUGCAGGUCGCUCACCCGUUCACAGCUUACUCACUCACUCGCAGAUAUCAAGCAACGGUUUUAUUUUGAAAAAAACAGACCACAAAUAAGAUGGCUGGAACUGCGCUGACAGAUUUUCAAAAGAAGAAAAUUUUGGAUGUAUUCAAUACUCUAUACGAUACAAACAAAGAUGGUGUCAUAGAACUAACAGACUUCGAAGAAGCUAUCAAGAAGUUCUGCAGUAUUCAUAAAUGGCCUAAAGACGGCGACAAGUACAUCGCGGCGAAACACACGAUGUCGACCAUCUGGGACGGCCUGCGAGGGUUCGCGGACUACGAUGAGGAUAACAAGGUGACGAAGGACGAGUGGCUCAAGAUGUGGUCGUCGUGUGUGGGCGACCUCAGCACUGACGGCGAUAAGGGAUUUCCAGACUGGCAGAAAAACUACAUGGAGUUUAUGUUUACAGUCAACGACACCUCAGGUGAUGGAUUCAUUGACAAGAGUGAAUACACUACACUCUAUACUGCGUUUGGAAUAGACAAAGCAACUUGUGAAACGACCUUUGACAGACUGGCUCAGGGAACGAAUGGGAAAAUAUCUAAAGAAGAUUUUAAAACCCUGUGGAAGGAAUAUUUUGUUUCGAAUGACAGGAACGCAAGAGGUAAUUUCCUGUUUGGAAAACCUCCAUCAGCCUGAACCAUUCAUCUAUUCCCCGACACUCAUCUGUUGUCUGUAAUCAUCGAUUUGAUUGGCGGGCUACAGUGCUCUUUGUAAUCAUCGAUUUGAUUGGCUCUCUACGACGAACUGUCUUACUUGUUCAUUUGUUGUCAGAUUUUAUACGAUUGGCCAUAGGCCAGCCUCUCUCUCAAUAUAUAUUGUCAGAACCAAUCAAACGCGCCCUUGAUUGUUCAUGUGAUGUGUGCAUAAUACCUUGUUGCAACCUUUCAUAUAAAAAUGGUGGCCCAUAAACAAUUAAAAAAGAUAACCCUACUAAACCUUACUAAAUAUGAAAUUGUCUAAAACGCAUGAGACUGUAAGUGUGAUAUUUCACACCCAUUACUAUGUGAAUAUGUGUUACCUUCACGGAAGAGUUUAGGUGGAAUAUUGUUAAAAUAGAAACAGAUUGAACAUUGUUUAAACUUUACACUGCAGGUGGCAAAUAUCCAGGUAGUAAUGGGUGUGAAAUAUCAAUUUAAAAAAAAAACCCAAAACCCCCCCAAAACCCCGCCACAAACAUGGAUGAUAAUGAGAUGAAUGGUGAAGCCGCAUUAUUUCCAUUUCGGUAUGUGACUA